AGGAAAGUAAUGUUAGAGAAUGUUUGUAGAGAACAACAGCACACAUGAGACGUGGGUACAACAUGUACCACUGAGUCCAGGUCUUCAGGACUCCUCUGGCUUCCCCGCUGUACCUCAUACAAGACCUCGCAGUCCUGGUGUGAAGAGAGACCGUCAUGGACGAGUCCCUGACUGGAGGACGAAGUGGCAGGCUGAAAGUGAACAACGACACCAACAAACUAAGUCGUCUGGUGAUCAACGACAUCAAUCUCGCUACCAACCUGGUUAACAACGACGUCAGUACCCCGAGUGGCCCCAGCCACAAAAUCAACAGGGAGCCAAAUUAAAGUAUGAGGUAACCUGUUAUCAUUGUCACAAACCAGGCCAUGUAAACUUCAACUGCCCAAUUAAGCCCCAGCCCAUAGAGAAAAUCAGCAUCCUCCCUUUCAAGAUGAACCAGAAAGAAGUUGAGUAUGGUAUGGCCCCACACUACAGUACUUGCCACAUCUCUCCCCAAGAGAAUGAAAAGAAAAAUGAAGUAACCACUUUUAGGGAUGACUGAGCUUAUUGUUCCCUUAUAAAAGAGAGAGCACUUCCCGUCUCUGAAAACAUGCCAUUGCAAUCCUCCGUUCUCUUAGAAGCAUUUGAAGGAGCUGUAUUUUCUGUCCCUUUAUGUAAGAUAUAUGUGCUGAGUAAAUAUUAUAUAGGAUAUUUGACUGUAGGUGUUUCUGAGGGAUUCCCUAUGGAAGAUGCCGUGUUAUUGCUGGGUAAUAACAUUUUUAAUUCGACAAAAUGUCCAGAACCUAUAGUGACUAAUACUUCUCCGAAGUCAGCCAUAACUCGGGCAAAAUCCCAUGAGAUGCCUGUCGACAAUGCUGCUCCAUUCUUGGAUGACUCAGAUCAUGGGCUAGACAAUUUGUUUUACGAGGAAAACUGGCCAGAGCCUCGUAAAUUUAGUGAAAAGUCCCAGAUCAAGUCUUCCUACUCCAGGGUUGCAGGAUUUCCAUAUAUCUCUGUUUCCAUGCCCGAGGGAAUGUCCUUUCGGGAAGAACAGCGAAGAGAUCCUUCCUUAAAUUUCGCUUUUCAGGCAGCCAUGAGUGAAUCCCACUCAGAUCACCCAGUCAAAUAUGAAAUUAAAUACAACUUACUACUCUGCACAGAAACUGGUAAGGAGGUAGGAGGAAGCACGAAAUUAGAUAGACUGGUAGUUCCUAAGAAAUUUAGGUCACAAAUUUUGAACAUAGCUGAUAAUUCCUCUUUAGGAGGUCAUUUGGGAAUUACAAAAACCUUUUAUAGAAUAUUUAAAGAGUUUUACUGGCGAAAAAUAAGGCAAGAUGUGAAGAAUCACAUCUGCUCUUGUAAGGAAUAUCAACAAGUAGGUAAACCUGGACACCCCCAUCAAACCUGCUCCUCUUCUUCCCAUACCAGCAGAUGGAGAACCGUUUGCAGAGCUGAUCAUUGACUGUGUGGGACCAUUACCAAAAUGAAAGCCAGGGAAUCACUACCUAUUCACUGUCAUGGAUAAAGCUACUAGGUAUACGGAAGCAGUCCCAAUGCACAAUAUAAACACUAAAGCCAUUCUUAGUCAUAACUAAAUUUAUAACUUCGGUAUUUCAAAGUCUCUCCAGAGUGACCAGCGUACUAACUUUACAGCCAAAGCUUUUAGAGAAGUUUUAACUAGGCUAAGUACAAUUUUCCUACAGAAUGGGAUGAAUCACUUCCUCUGUUGCUGUUCGCAUUGAGAGAAACUGUGCAGGAUCCACAGGGUACAGUCCAUUUGAGCUAAUCUUCCAGCACAAUGUACGAGGUUCUCUGCGAGUGCUCAAGGAAGGAUGGAUUGCAGAAGAUGUCUGGAACGCACUCUACAACCCUUCUUCAAGGUUGCAGGUGGCCUGUCAGUUGUCUAAGGCUAACUUAAAAUCUGCUCAAAACACUAUGAAACAGAGGUAUAACAGAAAGGCAAAGUUUCGCGCCAUCAUUCCAAGAGACAAGGUGCUGGUGUGGGAACCUGUACCUGGCCACACUUUAAAAGCUAGAUUUAUGGGACCAGUGCAAAUAAUAAGUAAAAUUUCUGAUGUGAAUUAUGUGACAGCUCCCCUUGAUAAACCCACGAAAAGUAAAAUUUACCACAUAAAUCAGAUUAACAUGUUUAAUAGUCCACAUAAAGACCCAGUAAUGACUGUCCUCUGCCUCUGUAGACAGCCUGAUUCCUUGUACACAUUCUAGAAAUUAAAGUUAAGCUUUCUAAUUAUGUCCUCCUCAGGGACCCUAGCCCAUUAAUGUCCCCUCAGGGACCCUAGCCCUUUAAUGUUGGCGCUUUUUAGUUAAAUAUCGAAUAAUAAGCCUAACUACCCUCUUACAAAUUUUCCCAGACAUAUUUUCGGAUAUCCCGAAAAAACGUACCCUGGGAUAUCAUGAUGUAGACGUUAGAAACACUAAGCUUAAACAAAGAAGAAUGGUGAAGAUCAGGACUUUGAGGUAAUCAGUCUCUCAGCCUGGAGUUGAUGAUUCAAGAUUGAUGGACUGAUUACAUCGACUCUAGGCUAAGGGACUGUUUACCUCAAACUCCUUCUGAUCUUCACCAUUCUUCUUUGUUUAGGACUGAUGAAGCCACUGUGUGGCGAAACGUGUCCACAAUAAAGAUACCCAAGUGUUGCACAUGUGUCUAAUUCAUCAAGUUG